AUGUUUGAUGAGGAAGGAAAUGGAACAGUGAAGACACAGGAGCUGGAGCGACUGAUGAACUUCAUGGGAAUCAAUCCCACCAAGAGAGAGCUCCUUCAGAUGGCCAAAGAUGUGGAUAAAGAUGGUGAGUAUAUCUUUCACAAUAUGGCCUUCAUUUUAAUGUGACCAUUGAUAUGUUUUAUGUGCAUAAUAUAUGAUCUUACUCACUAUUUAUUUUAGUAGCUAAUACAAUGUUAUCCACCAUUAUAAGGAUAUGCUGUAUUGCACAAUUCACUUUUAUAGCUGACGAAAAAUGUCUACAAUGCUUGUAUUCUACUGUCAAAUUCUGUAUAAAAUGUUAUCAAACGGUGCUGUUCUUCUCACACAGUUGAAUGAUUAACUUGUUCUGUGAAGAUUAAUUUUAGGAUGAGAGACUUAGAAAUCAAAACUAUUGUACUGUAACAUAACAUGUAGGAUUUCUUUGUCAUCACUAGAUGCCAGUGUUUCACUGGGAUUCACUUGCGAUAAACUAAAUGCCUAGAACUGAGUACUAGUUUAUCUCUGUCUUUAGGAAUGUAAUGCAUUCCCUACCACCCAGUACUAAUACAUACUGAUUCCACUAACAACGUUAAAGACAUCCUUAACUUUCUUCUUUAUUUUGUAUUCAAAAUACAUCCAAAGAAAUUGUAUAACUAAGGCUGUCAAAUUCUCAUUCGUUUUCCUAUACACAGCUAUAUAUAGCCAGUGGUAAUAUCUUACUUAUCACCUGUUUUUGUGUCAUCACAGGCAAAGGUACUUUUAACCGUGAGAGCUUCCUGGGUUUGAUGGCAUUGGUCCACGAAAGCGCGAAGGACCAAGAUGCUGUGCAACGAGCUGCUUUCAAGGUGUUUGACGAAGAGGCCAAGGGAUAUAUUGAGUGGAAUACCCUGAAGUAA